AAAAAACUGAUAUAUAGGUAUCGGACAUCGACAACCUAUAUGAGUUACAUCUUACAUGUACAUCAUAUCAUUAUAUUAUCGCCAUCACAUGCGUGCAAAGGCGUAAGCAGCUGCAAUAUGUUCGAUUUUUUCCCUAUUAUACACAGCACUCAUUAUUACAAUAACCGUCGUCCGCGUACGAAUAUCAAGGAGGCAGCUGCUGUUUCGUUUCCGUCUCUCGUCCACCAAACGGUUUUAGUCUAGUUCCUGUGCCGGCACCAAACCGUCAACCGCCACUACACGCGUUAACCGUAUAUAGUGAAUAUCUAUAGCCGCAAUACAACUAUUUAUAAUAUUUUACAGAUAUAAGUACUAAAUUUGAAAUAUUUAUUUUUAUUUUUAUAAUAAUCUAGUCAAAUUAAAAGGUUCUCAUAAUAUAUCGCGUACGACGUGUAUAAUAUAAAAAAUAAUAUAUUAUAGCUGCAGACAUCUAUUACUAUUGCACCGCUUAUUUUAUUAUGUUCAUAAAUUAAAGUAACAGAUUAAUCAGCCACAAAAAAAUGUAUUGAUUUCAAGUCAUCGCCGUAAAGACGACAUAACAAACAUAAUAUAAUCGUUUUCUUUUAUAUAAGCGGGAAUGACUACGGAGGGAUUUAAAUCGAAGGAAAUUAUACUGCAGGCUCAAAAAAAGUUCUUGGGAAAAGUAACCAAUAAAAAUGUUAUAAAAUUAUUUAUCCAUGAACGCAAUGCUAAUAUUUUGGAUAAUUUAUAUCGACUUGCCAAAAUUUACACGGGAAAUAAGAAGGAAUCCGAAAAGUUGACAAAAAAUAUUAUCAAAAUAAUCGUAAAAUUAAGUAUUUUAUAUAGAAAUGAUCAAUUUGACAGUAAUGAAUUGGAACUAGCAAAUAAUUUUAAAGAUAAAUUUAGAGAAUUAACUAUGGUUGCUGUAAGUUUUUAUGAAAUAGAAUUCAGUUACGACAAGAAUUAUAUAACUAAUUAUUUAUUUAAAUGUAAAGAAAUAUUAAAAGAAUUAAUCAAAAGACAUCUCACAGAUAAAACACUUUUACGGGUAGACAAAAUUUUUGAUUUUUUUUCAAAUCCUGUAUUUUUAGAUUCAGUUUUUAUUAAUAAAAAUUCUGAAUUAACUGAAACUGUACACAUUAUAAUUAACGACUUAAAAGAAUUGUUAGAUAAAGACUUAUAGUGUAAAGAAAUAUGUCCUACUGGAUACUUCAUACUCCAUAAUUGUAUAGCCUACUUACUAUUAGUCUAGAACUUCAACUAUCUAAAUAUUACAUUUAUGUAUCUAAUAUUUAAAAUAUCAUUUUAUUAUUAUUUAUUUUAUUGAUAAAAAAAUUGAUUCCAAUAUAAAAAGGAACUUAAAAGAAAACCUUACUAGCAAAUUAUUUUUAAAAUACACAUUUAUACAACUGUGCAAUAAUAUUAACGGUUAGCACAUGGAUUAAACUCAUACUUUAAGUUAGCAAUCAAAUUAGUUAUUAUUCUCAUUUUUUUUUCAUUUUAAAUUUCUCAAAUGGUUCCUAUUUAUGAGAAAUAUAAUACCUAAUAUUAUUGUAAUAUUUUCAUUACUAUUUGUAUACCUACUGGCUACUUAGGUAUUGGGUACCUAUACUUGUAUUAUAUUUAUAUGUAUAAACCUAUAUGUAUACAACUAUACUAUAUUGUAAAUAAACGUAUAAUUAAAAUGUUUUCUUAAAAAUAUUGUAUGCAUUUUCAUCAAAAAUUAUUUCUAUAUAUUUUAUUUGAAUAAAGAUCACAAAUAAUUAAUUAUAA